AUGGAGGAAAGGAAAGCUACAGUAACUCAUGUCGAAAGACGUGCGAGAGAGGAUUUGAUAAGCGAAUUGCCCAACUCUUUGAUAUCUCAGAUACUAUCGUAUCUUCCGACAAAGGAAGCUGUUAGGACUAGUGUUUUGUCUAAUAGGUGGAAAAGUCUCUGGCUUUUGAUUUCUGGGUUGGAUGUGGGUUCUUACAUGUUUCCAGAUUACAAGGCCUUUGUGAGUUUCGUGGACAGGCUCCUAGGUUUCUGUAGGGAAGAGAAGUCAUGCUUGCACAAACUCAAGCUAAGUAUUCAUAACGAUGUGACUGAUCAUUCUUGUGUCACAAGGUGGAUAGAUUUUGUGGCUACGCGUAAACUUAGGAAUCUUGAUGUUGAGUGUCUUCUUGUGAGGCCUGAGUUUUUGAAACUGAUGAUGCCUUUGAGCCUUUAUGUUUGCGAGACACUCCUUCACUUAAGACUCCGUCGUGUUUCUCUACGCAGUUUAGAGUCUGUUUCAUUGCCUCGUCUCAAGACCAUGUGUUUGGAACACAAUGUAUAUGCCAAUGACGCAUGUCUGCAGUUACUUAUCUCGUCUUGCCCUCUUCUUGAAGAUUUGAGCAUUGUUAGAGGUGUAGAUGAUUAUGUAAAGGUUUUACGAGUGCACUCUCAGUCAUUAGCCAGUCUCAGUAUAAAAUAUACUCUUUUUAGUUCUGAUAUUGAAAACUCGGCUGUUUUGAUUGAGGCACCUAGACUCAAGUAUCUGAAUUUCGAAGAUGAUAUGAAUUCGAAUAAAACCAUAAGCAAUUCGGGUUCCUUAACAAAGGUCAAUCUUCUUGGCAGUUUCUUUAUGUCGGGUUCCUUAACAAAGAUGCGCGAUUUUUUCACCAGUAUUUCCGGAGUUAAGGAUAUGAACAUCUCUUGGGGAACAUUCAGGUUCAUUGAGAUUCUCAUGGCAGUAGUCCCAUUACCCCAAUUUUGCAACCUGUCAUGUUUGGAAGCAGAGCUUCAAGUAUUUGGAAGUCUAGCAAAGUUUCUUGAACUCUUUCCGAGUCUAAGAUCUCUAGUCUUGGAGCUGAAGCAAUUCGGGGAGAACCACCAGCUUGUCCUCUUAUCAUCAGUUCCAGAAUGUUUAAGAUCGUCCCUCGAGUUUGUUGAGUUAAAAACUCCGGUAAGAGGAGCUGAUGCGGAAACGAAACUAAUAAAGUACUUGCUCGAGAAUUCGGCAGUGCUCAAGAAGUUUAAGCUGCGUUUGGGCUGUAAGAGUGUGGACGAAGAGUCUACCAUCUUGAUGGAACUCAUGACAUUAAGGAGAUGCUCUGCUUCUUGUGAAGUUUUUUGUUCAACGUGA